UGCGCGAAUGUCAGUCCGCCGCGAGACGUCAGCUGGCAAGUGUUGUCUCGCAGUCGUUCCGUCUCGCACACAGUCGCGAUCCCCCUCGAGCCGCUCCGCGAGAACGCGCGAAUUUUGGGAAUGCGUCGCGCGCGACCUCGUUGAACGUCCGCGGAAUUGCACCAGCACGAGGAAGGCCUGAGCCAGGUGUCUAACAGUCGGUGGUAACUGAAGGCCGACGACAGCAUGAGGAACUCGACGUUACUGAAAUGGGCGCAGAAUUCGGCGAACAAUAAGAAUCAGCCGAGCAAAAACGGAGGAACGAGUAGGAACUGGAUACACCCACCGGACGCGCUCCAAAAAGGACAUAUCGCCUACCUAGUCAAGUAUUUGGGCAGUACAGAGGUGGAUCAACCCAAAGGCAUCGAUGUCGUUAAGGAGGCGAUUUGCAAGCUAAAGUUCAAUCAGCAGCUCAAGAAGAGCGAGGGCACGAAAACUCCUAAGGUCGAGCUCACCAUAAGCAUUGAUGGCGUGGCGAUACAAGAACCAAAAACGAAAACGACGCCUAAGCGGAUCAUGCAUCAGUAUCCACUGCACAGAAUUUCGUAUUGUGCCGACGACAAAGGGGAGAAGAAAUUCUUCAGUUUCAUUGCGAAAGAGGAGGACGCGGAAAGGCACACGUGCUUCGUCUUUGUCAGUGACAAAUUAGCCGAAGAGAUUACGCUCACAAUUGGCCAGGCGUUCGAUUUGGCGUAUAGGCGAUUCCUGGAAACAUCCGGCAAGGAUCUGGAGACGCAACGACGUUGCAUGGUGCUGCAGCAAAAAAUAAAGCGACUGGAACAUGAGAACAACGUUUAUCGGCAACGGCUGCAAGAUAUCGCGACCAUCAAAGGCUCGGCGGACGUGUCGACGUAUCUGUCGCAGCACAAUCUGCCGGAUAUACUUCACGUACCUGGAGCCCCGACAGAUUCGCCGCAAAUCAAUGGCGCGACUACCAAGUCACUGUUGAACACGAGCAGCGACAGCAACGGGAAUACGUCAAACGGACCUCAGCAACCGCCGCCUGUUCCGCCGAGGAGUUUCGAGAAAAGCUUCGAUGACGACUUUAUAAAUGAGCCGCCUAUGCCGUCCGUUGGUACAAAACUAGAAGGUUUGUUAAUGGAUGAAUUUGAGGAAGACUUCAAUCCGAGAGCUUACGAAACCGCGGCCAACGGCCUUGCCAAUCACCAGUCGAACAACAACCCGCUCCUCAACGGUCAAAUAUCUUCGGGAACCAAUUUCUUCUCACAGUCCAAUGGCACAACCAGCCCCCCGCCUUUAUUGGCACCACCACCAAAGACGAAAGACUCGAGACGUCAGAACGGAGUCAAGGAGGAUCUGUUCGGUAGCAUUCCAUUCAAUCCCACGCCGACUCUGAAUAUCAAGAAUGACUUCAAGGAUCCGUUCGAGAUGGGAGAGUUCGGAGCGUCGACCGUGAUGUCUAAUACUAGCCAGCAAGAGCUGGAAAACGCUAUCGGCCUGUUGGAUAAGAGGCUGCUUGAGAUGAAGGACGGUUUCAGCAGAGGGCUGUGCAUCGGAACCGAUGACUUCUCCUUGGAGAGCUUGGACCCGCUACGAAACUAAACGCUCGUCGAUCGAGGAGCGGAGGAGGCGCGCACUACGACGGUAUUCCGCGAUGCGGUGUAAUGAGAAACCAACUAACGGAUAGAGCAAUUAGGAAUUACGUCCGUGCAAAACCAAAAUUAGUCAAUUAUUAAUAUUAUUUUACUCGUAUAUUUAUGAUGAUGUUCGAUAUUUAUGGUAUUCCAUAUAUGGAUUAAUUUUAUAAGCGUAUGAUCCCUUACGCUCGCUGAUGAUCUGCACUAUUCUAUCCGCUGCUUUAGAAUCCGCGGGGUCCAAUCCGAAUAACGCGCGGUAAGGCGUUAUGUUGUUGUUUAGCGAUGAGUUAGUUGAACGGGAUCUCAAGCUGACCGUUAGAACGAAAAAAUAUAUUUUAAUUGAGGCCCAUGUAAUUUUAGCUGAAAAUAUUUGUUAUAUAUAUAUUUAUAGAUAUAGAUAUAUAUAUAUAUAUAUAUAUAUAUAUAUAUAUAUAUAUAUAUAUAUAUAUACACAUAUAUAUAUAUAUACACAUAUAUAUAUAUAUAUAUAUACACACACAUAUAUGUAUACUUAAACAGAUUGUUCUAUCUUAUCGCGAAUCUUGUGUCGAUGGUAUGCUUGCAUCCUUCAUAUUUUUUAACGAAAUACCGGAGACAAGCAAAAAUUAAUGGGUAUUAUAAUAACUGUUGGUUCCGUAACAAUCGAGCCGCGUGUCGAGAAAUAAUGGUGAACGAGUCUGACAAUUUCCUUCAAAGAGGUUACGAUCGAAAGAAAUAUCCAAGGUUAUGAUUAAGAGAAAUUCACGAUAUAUACUUUAUAGUUGGCCUAGUUUAAUCGAAGCUCGUCGCAUCAUCGCCUACGUUGGAAGUGAGCUAGUAGGCGACAAAAAUGGAGCACUAACCGUCGUAGCGUUAGGAAUCACUAAUAAUAAGAGCGCGUAGUUCGUUGUUAGUCGGUCGAUUGAAUUUGCACAGUCCGCAUAUUCUCCUUUGUCGAUACCCUCUUACUUCGCAUCUCUGAGAGAUAAUGAGAAUAUAAUGAGAAUAUAAUCGGAAGGAAGAAAUAAGAAACACAAAAACAAUUUAAUUGUAGGAGCAUGAGAGGUUCUAGCUGUAGAUUUCACGAUUACGUAUCGCGAUCUAAUCAAUGUAACGUGAAGCUUUAAAACAGCUCAUGUUUAUCGCUGUAUAAUGCGAACUAUUAAUUAUGUACAUAUGAAACGAUGUCUUAUUGUUGCUAUAUUGUUUAAGAAUUGUGGCUAAGAAUAUACUGUACGAUUAUUACAACUGA